AUGACCUGAGCUGAAGGCAGACGCUCAACGACUGAGCCACCCAGGCGCCCCAAUCAUACGUGUUUAAUAUUUAAUACUACUUCAAUUUUCCAAAAGGAGCACGUAUGUUUGUUACUUGUGUAGCUAAAAAAAAAUUAAGGAAAUUUCAUCAACAGACUAUAUCCCCAAAACAACAAUAUCAAGAUUGCAUCAAGGACUUGGCUCAUAUUUUUAACAUCCAUCUGGCAAUGUGGGGUGGCUAUGUUUACAAAUGCAACUUAAUACUUGGACUUAACAUACAAAAUAUACUUCAUCUUUUGGAAAGAGGGAUUGAAGUUAGAUACAAUUCUUUAAAAAUAGGGCCCCCAAGACCUGAGCUAUCUGAAAAUUGUUUUUUGCCAAUAAAUAAUAAAGCAAUGGAAUCCAUUCAACCAUGAAGGCUGGAACCUGAUUUUCUUGGUUAUCCCUGCAGUGCUUGGCACAUAGUAAACACUCAAUAAAUAAUGACCUAAUGAUGGAUGAAUCGACAGUUUAAGUCGUUUUAGUAGCGUCUACUUAUUUAAAAGCAGGAUAUACUAUCAAGGACAGAUGAUUGAGUUGUCUUGUUACUUGCUUCUCAAAUGAGGAGGCCGAGGAGGAGCAGUCCUCUCUUUCUAGUCAGAUUAGGAAUUUGGUCGAGGACAGCGUUUAGUGGCUUAAGUUUUGAUGAUCUGGGAAUUGAAAAAUCACUGAGUUUCGGAACCAGACAGACUAUAAAAGGGCAAACAAGCGAGUUGCCACUAAUUAUAUACAUAAUUUUGCUCAGACGAGAGGAAGGGGCUCCAGUGGCUGUGAAACUGUAGGCAAAUCACUCUAUUAGUGUCUACAUUUUCAUCUGAAAAAAAGGGAAUAAUCACUCCCUCAUAGGAUUUGUUUGUUUCUUUACAUGGAAGGAUAUGAAAAACUCUAUAAAACGCUGGCAACAUAGUGGCCAUUCCGUAUUGUGCAACGAAUGUUUCAUAUAAAUUCAAACCCAGACUGUCGGGUCGAAAAGCACUCAGAGAUUAAAACUGUACACAACUGAGAGGUUCUCAAGUUCCGGCAGUCUCUUUCAUUCACCUCAUUCAUUUUAAUCUCAACCACACCUAUCGGGCCGGUGCGAGUCCCAGCAGUCGGCUCCCAGGACCCAGGGGACGACCCGCGGGCCCCGCACUGGCGGGAGUUCGCGCCCGCCCGUGGCCCGAACCCGGGCUUCCUCCGGUUACAGGGCCCGGCGCUUCGAGGACUACGGCCCGCGCCAGGCUUCCCGUGCUUGAGGUCCAGCCACCGCCAGCCUCGCCCACCAAUCCGCCGAUGUUCUGGGGUCCUGGCGAGACACUCCUACCUACAUUCCAGAGCCGGGUCUCCAACGCUCUUCCCGCAAGGAGACAGAGGGCUCCGGAGAGGCGCCGCUUGCCCGUCCCUGGAGCCGCCCAGCUGCCGCCGCCUCCGCCCUCCGCUCGCGGUGAGCCCGUCAGUCCCCGCACCGUGCGCUCCUCCGUCUGGGCCAUGGAUGGUGUUGUUACAGAUCUUAUAGCAGUCGGUUUAAAGCGGGGAUCUGAUGAGCUUCUUUCUUCUGGUGUCGUUAACGGACCUUUUACCAUGAACAAUUCUACUCCUACAGGUGUGUAUGCUAAUGGGAAUGACAACAAGAAAUUUAAAGGAGAUAGACCUCCCUGUUCGCCUUCCCGUGUUCUCCAUCUUCGCAAAAUUCCAAGUGAUGUCACCGAAGCAGAGGUCAUAUCAUUAGGUCUACCAUUUGGCAAAGUUACUAAUCUUUUGAUGUUGAAAGGAAAAAGCCAGGCUUUCUUAGAAAUGGCUUCUGAGGAAGCUGCUGUUACUAUGGUGAAUUAUUACACUCCUGUUACUCCUCACCUUCGAAGCCAGCCUGUUUUUAUUCAGUAUUCCAACCACAGAGAACUUAAGACUGACAAUCUACCUAAUCAAGCUAGAGCCCAAGCUGCACUGCAGGCUGUCAGUGCUGUCCCGUCGGGAAGUCUGGCCCUUCCUGGAGCUCCUACCAAUGAAGGCACAAUCCUAUCUGGGCAGAGCCCUGUGCUCCGAAUAAUUAUUGAAAACCUCUUUUACCCUGUUACUUUGGAAGUUCUUCAUCAGAUAUUUUCCAAAUUUGGCACAGUCUUGAAGAUUAUCACCUUUACAAAGAAUAAUCAGUUUCAAGCCUUGCUUCAGUAUGCUGACCCAGUGAAUGCACAUUAUGCCAAAAUGGCUCUGGAUGGCCAGAAUAUCUAUAAUGCAUGCUGCACUCUGCGUAUUGACUUCUCCAAGCUCACCAGCCUUAAUGUGAAAUAUAAUAACGACAAAAGCAGAGACUUCACUCGUUUAGACCUUCCUACUGGUGAUGGACAGCCAUCCCUUGAACCCCCUAUGGCUGCUGCUUUUGGUGCACCAGGUAUAAUUUCUUCACCCUAUGCAGGGGCUGCUGGAUUUGCCCCAGCCAUUGGAUUUCAUCAAGCUACAGGAUUAUCAGUCCCAGCUGUUCCUGGAGCUCUGGGCCCUCUCACAAUCACAUCCUCUGCUGUCACUGGAAGAAUGGCCAUUCCUGGGGCUGGUGCUUUACCAGGAAAUUCUGUUCUGCUUGUCACCAAUCUCAAUCCUGAUCUUAUCACACCACAUGGGCUUUUUAUCCUAUUUGGAGUAUAUGGUGAUGUACAUCGAGUGAAGAUUAUGUUUAAUAAGAAAGAAAAUGCCUUGGUUCAGAUGGCAGAUGCAAGUCAAGCUCAGCUAGCAAUGAACCACCUAAGUGGACAGAGACUUUAUGGAAAAGUACUUCGUGCUACACUGUCCAAACAUCAGGCAGUUCAGCUUCCUCGAGAGGGACAAGAAGACCAAGGUCUGACUAAGGAUUUUAGCAAUAGUCCUUUGCAUCGCUUUAAAAAACCUGGCUCUAAAAACUUCCAGAAUAUCUUUCCACCAUCAGCUACUCUGCAUCUUUCCAACAUUCCCCCUUCUGUUACAGUGGAUGAUCUGAAGAACCUUUUCACAGAAGCGGGAUGUUCAGUGAAGGCUUUUAAAUUCUUUCAGAAAGAUCGCAAAAUGGCACUCAUUCAGUUGGGAUCUGUGGAAGAAGCAAUCCAGGCCCUCAUUGAGCUUCAUAACCAUGACCUUGGAGAAAAUCACCACCUCAGAGUUUCCUUCUCAAAAUCUACAAUCUGAUUUUUCUGUGAAUUUUUCUCCUAAGAUUGGACCAUAAUUUCAGUAAAACCUUCAGACAUAGACUGAAGCAGCUCAAGACCAAUUCUGCCUCUUUCACAAAAGUAACUCUGGUUUGAUAUUCAAGUAUAUUCAGAAAAUCAAGGGAUGUUCUUUUUUUCCAUUUUUUCCCCCUUGCCAGUAUGUGAUCAAAGGUUUGUUUUUCCUUUGUACCAUAGUUUCUAUGAAAAUAACCUUCAGGAAAUAAAAAUCAGGAAAGGAAUUUUUUUUCAAUAAUUUAAUUCCCUGUAUUAAAUUGGAUUUCAAGAGGACAGACUUUCUUUUAGUUUGGGUCCAGAUCAGCCUUAUACAACAUUUCUAAAAUCCUUUGUACUUUGGAAAAAUUUAAACAUACAGACUUUAAAAAAAAACAAAAACAAGUUUUUAACUUGAUGAUUCAGAAGUUCAACCCCUAUAGGAAAUUAUGUUCACUUAUAAAUUAUAUUAUUUGGCAUAUAUUAAUAGGUAUACAUAAACAGAUUGGGUUGUAUUGGAAGAAAAUUUAUAAACUUGCAUGUUUUCCUUCAAUGGUUUCUUUUUUUUCACUGUAAGACACUCCUUGGAAUAGUACACACCUUCAAUUUUUUAAGACUAUUUGGAGAAAUUAAGUGUCUCAGUUGUCCCCAAGGAAAUUAAAUAGAAUCCAAGAUGUAUUAAAGUGUCAAAUUAAUUAUUAGUUUUAUUAGGAAAAUCAUGGUUUAAAUUUCCAAAUGACACUAUUUGCUGAGUAAUAUGAUCUUGGAAAAUUUAAAAAGAAAAGUAAUCUACUUACAACUACUUUUUUUAUAAUUAUUUUCAGAAAAAAAAGUUUACAGUCUUAAGGAAAAUAUUCAGGUCUAUCAUAUGAUUUGACAGAUUUUUUAAAAGUUAUUUUUGGUAAGGUCUUCUUUUAGAAAAAAAUUAAUCUCAAGGGUUUUUUGUACCACUAUAAUCUCUAAUACUUAUUCAGAAUUACUGUGUAUUUACUUAAUUUCUUAUUAUGUGCCUUAUUAUGUGCUUAUGAUACAAUAGGUUAGAAUUUUAUCUAAGUAUCUUGAAAGCUAUAUCGUGGGCUUGGUGAGCAUUUUUUUUUCUUUCCCUGUUUUGGUAAGGAUUUUAAAGUUUUUUCAUUGCAAUUUUAAGUGGUUUUCAAUAAGUAAUAGUUUUUAUUCAAAUUUUUGGUGCUUUGGUGCAGAGAUGGGGUGGGGAAGGGUGAAUGGUUUGGGGACUAUCUCAGUGCACACCUGUAGGCCUCUUCACAUCCUGACCGAUAGUGGUCGUGCAGUCAUUGACAGAGCGUACCAGUUUGGGACUAUAAAAUGCAAUCUCAGUUUCUGGAUCUUGUCUAACCUUUAUCACUCAUUAGAAUUUGUCUCAGGAUUACUUGGUUUUUCUCAGUACUCAAGUGACAUGCUUUUCUUUGUUAAUGUAACGUCAUUACUGAGUGCCCUUGUACAUGGAGUAUGACAAGGUGGGCUCCUUUUUCAUACUCUGUCCCUCUCUAUGGCUGAGUGUAAGAAUACGUUUUAAUGUUGCUUCAAUGAUUCGAUAAUGUAAAAUUCUUUCUUUUUAAUGAGAAACUUUGCAUUUGUUAUUUUUUUCAGUGCUUGAUUGAAUUUUUUUGAAAUCAGGAUUUGUCAAGGGGGUCAUUUUUGUCCAUCCCUUUUACAGUUUUCAGAUCCUCAGAGUAGCUCAUCUCACCUUUAAAAAGAAUAUCUCAAUUUCUUUCCUAUAUUCCAUUAGUUUGAAUGUUGGAAGAUUUUUACCAAAAAUUGGAGACUACAGAAGAUACUAUAGGUUCUUAAAAAGCAGAAUUCACCCAACACUGAGCAACAGGUAGUUGGUAGAUAGAAUAGGAAGGAGAAAUUGGAACCUUUCAGAUGACUCCAUUUUAGCAUUGACUGAGUAGAUAGGUAUAAUCAUUUAUGUAGUUUUUAUUUUUUUUUUUCACUUAAUGUGUUUUUACUAAAACACUUGAGUAAGGGGGGAGGAAAUUUUUUUUUUUUUUUUUUUUGCAAAAUCUCCCGAAUAUUUGCUUCUUUUUUCCUAACAUACAGGCACUAUUAUAAUUGUCAGUGACACAUUAAAUUGGAUUAUUUUGUUUGCUUUGAGUUAGGAAUUACUGUGUGAUUUAAUUCAUGAUUCUCAUAACAUUCAGUGUCAAUGUAGCAGAAGGGAGAUCAUAAUAGCAUUGAAUGUAAUUUUGAAGUAGGGAAUGGCCUUUAAAUCUGAGAGAACAUUUGAAUCCUUUUCAGGGAGUGUGUGUGUGUGUGUGUGUGUGUGUGUGUGUGUGUGUGUAGAUAAAUAUAUAUACAUACAUGCACUCUUCUAAUGUACAUACAUAUGCACAGUACAUACAUUUUAAUUUAUUGACAAAAUCAAAUUAAGAUUUGGAAAAGUGAGAUAUUCUUAUCUAAAAUAGUAUGCUUGAAAUCAUCAAUUUGUGUCUGAAAUUAGCUGUAGUGCAUGGAUAUUGUCCAUAUUGGGUUAUUUGCUGUUUGAAUUACAGAGGUCUACAGUACUUGUUUUGGCAUAGUGUCUGUAGAAAGAUUUAAAAAUAUCAGGGUAGUGGAAAAACUAAAUCUUUGUACUUUUGUUUUGGCAUGCAUUUAUUCAGUAUCUUCUGAACAAUUUAUUUUCGCUGUUGAGCUGUCGUAGUAUCCUAUUUUUAAGUUUAUUUACUUUAUUUUAAGUAUUGUCAUCACUUUUUGGAAAUGUCUUGACUUUUACACAAAGUAUAUAUAUUCAGGUCUUCAAAAAAUAGCAGUACACGUUCAGCAGUAGCAAUUUAUGCCAAAAAGUUUUACUUUGAGAUUUAAAUAACUUGCUUAGCAGUAAAAUGUGUUUUGUGUGAGAUACAAACAGAAAAAUGACCCAGUAUCUUAAUAUCUUAAUUGAUAACUUGCUGGAGAGUAUCAGAAUUCCCAAUAGCUCCUAUAGAAUGCCAUAAAUCGUUUAAGAUUGGUAAUCAGUUAUUUUUAGUAAUGUUUCUGAUUCUAUUGUUAAAUGUAGCGGAUCUCACAAAUUUUAGAGACAGAAUUUCUGCCUGUUUAAUUCCUUAUGGGAGCAGUGCCUUCUUUGGCUCCUCCUAGGAUGGUGAUCAUUGGUUCUACUUCAGAUGAUAAAAAGUUAACUCUCAUAAAUGUCUCUGUUCAUUUUCAUACGAACAUUUCAAAGCUGCCAUGUCAUUAGGCAGUGAAAUUUAUAUAGUGAAUAUACUAUCAUGUAAUUUCUAUUCCCACUAAAUAUUUUUGGACAAAAGAUGACAAACUCAAAAGUAUGUGUCUCCCCCCCCCCCCGAUGACUCACUUAAAAACCCUACAUUUGCCAAACUAUCAGUCUGUCUCUUCAAAAACCAAUGUGUACUGCUAUUUUUAAAACCAAAAAGACAGCAUGACUAUGCGUAAAAGCAUUUUUCUUAGCCUUUCCUUUGUCUUGAUCAGUUGUUAACAAGAAUAAAACUGCCAGACUUAAAAUAUUCUACUAUUGUUCUAAAAGAAAUACAGUUUAGACUGCACAAAAGUUUUCCUUUAAAGAAAAUAGAACUCAGCUGUCCUUCAAAAGAGCUGUGGUGUUAUCUCUAAGACUAUUUGCAGUCUUUUUUCACAGCAAAUUCUAACAGUUAGUUAUGAAUGGUUUAAAAAGUAGAAAAUACUAAAAAGUUUGGGGGGUUUUAUAAAGGGAGGAAGACAAAACAGGACCAAAGUUUAUGUGCCUUCUUCAGUAGUCUUAAUUGACCUUUUCUUCCUAUUUGAGACUAAGGUAGUAUCAGUAUUCUGGUUUUCAGGAAAUAUGUACUAUAUAAUUUUAAAAGAAUGUUAUCCCACGGACUAUUCAUACAAGCAAAGAAUUGUAACUGUAUAAAUGAAGUCUCAGUUACAGUUUUGCCUUUUAUCACAUAAUAUUCAUUCUAUAGCAUUGUGCAGGUCCAAGAAUGAGCUGCUCUUCAUCUUUGUGGUAGUCAUUUUAGUUUUUGUAACCUGAGGCAUAUGUUCCAGAGAACAGGGAUAUUUGUCUGGUCCAGUGACCUUGGUGAUAAUAGUCAUGAUUGAAAGCUGCUUAUAGCAAGCUUAAGUCAGCACUGUAAACAGAUUUUGUUGUGUUAAUUUUCAGUUUUUGAACCUAUGUAGUAGUUGUAUUAACAGAUAUUUAAAUAGAUAUUUUUGAUGUCAUUUAAAAAAAAAAAUGCUCUGGCCUUUUCCCCCCUUACCAUUGUUACCCAGAUCUUUUAAAAAUUCAUCCCACAUCCAAAAAGUACUAAUUAUAGAUUGCUGACCAAGCAAAGUUUUGCAUCAAAAUGUCACCUCAUUGCUCUGACCAAAGACUUACUGUUCUGGUUUUAACUCCUCUCAUUAAGCUUUUUUUCCCAAGCUCCUUUCUGAAAGAAGACCCAGUGCAAAGCGGCCUUUACUUUCUAUUUCCUAUCGGUGAAUAGACUACUUAGAGAAAAUGGGAGUAUAAAUGUGAACAGAACGGAUUGGGAUGACAAGGGUUUGAUGGGCAUUUUCAGUACUGUAUUUAAGAAAAACAAAAAUAGCACAGCUAGGAGCCUCUGACAUUGUCUUGUGUUUUAUGUGGUCUGUUCAUAAAAUUCCCUUUUUCAGUUUGUAAGAAUGUUCAUCUAAAAGUAGAAAAUGCUGUAAAUAUUUGUAACAACAUUUUUUUUAACCAGGCCAAAAAAGGAAAAAAAAAAGGUUUUUGGGAACAAGUUAACAUAUAAAGUGGUUUUAUAUAAAACAUCAAUUGUCUUGUAUAUUUUGAUAAGCAGCAGUACCAGCUUUCAUUUGUAACACAGUUUGUGGUGUUGGAAGAAAAGGAUUCUGUGAUUAAGUGAAUUAUGUUAUAAAUGCAAAGAGAAGAUAAAAUAUUAAAAAACAUAUUUUCUAAAUG